CAUCAUGGCCUCUCUCAGACCCCUCGUGAAGCCCAAGAUUGUCAAAAAGAGGACCAAGAAGUUCAUCUGGCACCAGUCAGACCGAUAUGCCAAAAUUAAGUGGAACUGGUGGAAACCCAGAGGCAUUAACAACAGAGUGCAUAGAAGGUUCAAGGGCCAGAUCUUGAUGCCCAAUACUGGUUAUGGGAGCAACAAGAAAACAAAGCACAUGCUGCCCAGUGGCUUCCAGAAGUUUCUGGUAUACAAUGUCAAGGAGCUUGAAGUGCUGCUAAUGUGCAACAAAUCUCACUCUGCUGAGAUUGUUCACAACAUCUCUUCCAAGAACUGCAAAGCCAUUGUGGAGAGAGCGGCCCAGCUGGCCAUCAGGGUCACCAAUCCUAAAGCCAGGCUGCACGGCCAAGAAAAUGAAUAGAAAGGAGUUGCCGUGGUGGCUCAGCAGGU